UGCAGUGUGUAUCGUCUCUUAUUCUGUUCGUAUACACAUUGAAAUGGCAGGAGCCAGAAUUUCAGUGGAUGAGGAUCAGUUCUGCUGUUCAGUGUGUUUGGAUCUCCUGAAGGAUCCAGUGACCAUUCCCUGUGGACACAGUUACUGUAGGAGCUGUAUUACAAGCUGCUGGGAUCAGGAUGAUCUGAGGAGAGUCUACAGAUGUCCUCAAUGCAGAAAAACCUUCUUUCCAAGACCUGAUUUAGGAAAGAAUGUGAUGCUUGCUAAAAUUGUGGUAAAAGUGAAGCAGAAGAGAAUCCAAGCUCCUCGCCCUGCUCCCCGUCAACCCAGAUCCAGAGAUGUGGAGUGUGACAUCUGUACUGGAAGAAAACAGAAAGCCGUCAAGUCCUGUCUGGUGUGUCAAAACUCUUACUGUCAGAAUCAUCUAGAACAACAUGAACAUUUCUUCAAAAGUAAGAGACACAGCUUGAUUGAGGCCACUGGACGACUCCAGCAGAUGAUCUGCCCUCUACAUGAGAAAAUGCUGGAAAUUUACUGUCAAACUGAUCAGAAAUGUAUCUGUGUGCUGUGUAUGGUGGAUGAACACAAGAACCACAAUACUGUAUCAGCUGCAGCAGCGAGGACUGAGAAACAGAGAGAUUUGGAGGAAAUGCAGCGUGAAAUGCAGCAGAGAAUCCUGCAGAAAGAGAAAGAUGUUCAGGAGAUGAGAGAGGCUGUGGUAUUUCACAAGCAGUCUGCACAGAAAGCAGUGGAGGACUGUGAGCUGAUCUUCACUGAGUUGAUCUCAUCCAUUGACAGAAGUCGCUCUGAGGUGACACAGCUGAUCAGAGAUCAGGAAAAGGCUGCAGUGAGUCGAGCUGAAGAACACUUGAAGCAACUGGAGAAGGAGAUUGAUGAUCUGAGGAGGAGAGUCGCUGAGAUGCAGCAGCUUUUACACACCGAUGAUCAUAUCUAUGUCCUCCAGAGUUUCCAGUCUCUCUCUCUUUCUGGAUCUACAGACAAUAUCAUUGUCACUCCUCAUCUCUCUUAUGAUGAUGUUGGGAAGUCUGUUUCUCAAUUCCGAAUCAAACUGCAGAAUUUCUGCAGAGAGGAGAGUAAGAGGAUAUCUGCUAGAGUGAGCUACAUUGAGAUCAUACCCACGCCUGAAUACAACACCAGGGAGGAGUUCCUUCGAUAUUUCAGGCUCAUCACUCUGGAUCCAGACACGGUGAAUCAUUACCUCCAAUUGUCUGAGGGGAACAAGCGUGUUACUUUCACUGAAACACCUCUGUGGUAUCCGGAUCAUCCUGACAGAUUUGAUCAGAGGGCUCAGGUGUUAUGUAGUGAAAGUGUGGAUGGACGCUAUUACUUUGAGGUUGACUGGAGUGGAAGUGAAGGUUUUGGGGUGGAUAUAGCAGUGACUUAUAAGAGUAUCCGGAGGAAGGGAGAGGGUAAUGAGUGUGUGGUUGGAUGUAAUGAUCAGUCCUGGAGAUUGACCUGUUCUCCUUCCAGUUACUCAUUUGCACACAAUAACAUUGAGACUAAACUUCAUGUAGUGCACAGCUCCAGUAGAAUAGGAGUGUAUGUGAAUCACAGUGCAGGUGUUUUGUCCUUCUACAGCGUCUCUGACACAAUGAACCUCAUCCACAGAGUCCACACCACAUUCACUCAACCUCUGCAUCCUGUGUUUGGACUGAGCAAAUGCUCAACAGUUAAAGUGUUUUAGUGAACUGUGUGUAAAUGAUGCAGAAAUUCUAUAUAUAAUUGUCAUGUCAUGUGGCAAUGCCCCAUGGUAAACCAAUGACUGUGAGGGAUUACUGAUCUCAAAUCAUGACCACUCUAUGCACAGUGCGAUGUGCUACAGCCUUAUUAUAUAUACAGUACAUCUUAUUCAAUAUCCGUAAGAGCGCAAUUUAUUGUUUGCGCUAUCUGUGGUUGUAUGCAUGCAAACUGUGGGUGUAUAGUAUGUAGUGGUUGACUGAUAUGUGUUUCUUAAUGGCCGAUGCCGAUAUCUAGAGAGCAGGGUGGCCGAUAGGCCAAUACAUUACUGAUACAUCACACAAUUUAAUAUAGUAAAUAACAUAAACAUAAAAAAUGCUUGAUAAAAAUAUGUUAAUCUCUUAUUAUUUAGCACUAUAUUAAUAAUAAUUCCUUACAUUUAUAUAGUGUUUUUCUGGGCACUCAAAGUGCUUUACAUAGUAUAGGGGGACUCUCCUCAAUCACCACUAGUGUGCAGCAUCCACCUUGGGAAAGCGACGGCCACCAGAGAGUAGAGCAAUACAGCCAAUUAAUAGAUGGGGAUUAUUAGGAGGCCAUGAUUGAGAAGGACCUAUGGGGGAAAUUUGGUCAGGACACCGGGGUUACACCCUUACUCUUUACAAAAAGUGAGAUUUUUAAUGACCACAGACAGUCAGGACCUCGGUUUAACAUCUCAUCGGAAUGACAGUGCCUUUUUAAAUUAUAGUGUCCAAAUCACUAUACAGCAGCAUUAAGACCCACACAGACCACAGGGUGAGCACCCCCUGCUGGCCUCCCUAAUACCUCUUCCAGCAGCAACCUUAGUUUUCCCCAGGAGGUCACCCAUCCAAGUACUGGCCAGGCUCAACCCUGCUUAACUAUAGUGGACAACCAGGCAUGUGCUGCAAGGUGUUAUGGCCGCUCUCAAAUAUUACCUCAAUUUCGCACAAAACUAACUUUUAAAAAAAUUAUCUGUGCUAUGGUAGACAGCGGUUCCUGUAUAGUCAUAAAAUGCUAGUAAUUAAUUUGCACAUGAAGAAAUUGUUCAUAUAUACUGAAGAAGGAAAUAACAGUACACACAGUAGUACAGAAACCAUGGAUGGCAUGUCCAUGUUAGCAAUCACAUUUACUCAAAAAUACAGAAUCAAACCAAUUGUACAUACAGUGCAUGGUGAAUAAGACAUAUACUCAUAGCACACGUGAUGUGCCUUUACUUUGAAGUUGCACUUCAACAAUCUCCUGACAGUUCAAACAGCCUGGAUCUAAGUGCGGAUUUUACUCCCGAAACUUUGUAGUGUGUAUGUGGCCCUAUAGAGGCUGAUAGAGAACAUACAAUAGAUUAAUCCUGGUCCAGAGCAGCGCAGGCUUCAAAUAGACCAGGGUAUGCAUUAUAUACAGACCAUAUACACUGCCAAAUUCUCGUGAAUGGGCCAUCUUCAUUUAUAUCAAUGUUGCAUGACAUAUAUAAUAGGACACAGAUGGUGCAAUAAGAACCAUUGGAUUAAAUUGCACUUGACCCAGCCCAUUAGUGCUUUAAGCCCGAUUUUGCCAACCCAUUGCGCCUAGUUUUAGCACAUGCUUGCACGAAAAUAUCAAAGUUGCAUGGUCAUACCCGUUGACUUUGCACAUUUGCCAUAACACUGCGUUUAAGGCAUAACGCUCUUAGAAUAGGGCCCUUAGUCUUACUGUGAGAGCUGAUAGUCAUCAGUGUUGAAAAAUGUGUUUGUGUGUGUGGCGUGGGGCGUGGUCAGGUGACAAGCCUUACCGCUCUCUCUCUCUCUCCGGGCCCCCACGCCACAGUGUGUGAUUUAUAUAUCAUAAUAAUUCAGUUGUUUGUCCAUGGCUGUCAAAAGUAUAUUUUAAAUCUCAAAAAGGAUUAAUUAAUAAAAUAGCAUAAAUACAUUUUUGGUAUACAUUUUGGAAUAUUGUUUCACACA